AUGGCUGACUCCGGCGAACUUGCUCAGGCCCCUGCGAACAAGCGGCCUCACUCUGAUGUGGAGGCCGAGAACAGUGAUGACUCUUCCGACGAUGAUUUCGGCCCUGCACUGCCCUCAGAAGUCGCCCCCAAGAAGAAGCGGCGCAAGCUACCUUUCGAGAAAGUCUACGUCAACGCGCUCCCAGUCUCCGCGCGGUACUCCAAGUCUCUCAUGCACAAGGACCAAUUAUCAUUUGUGACCGUCGCACCCUAUACGGACUUUGUGAUCACUUGCUCCGUCGAUGGAUUUGUUAAGUUCUGGAAGAAGAUGGCGGAAGGCAUCGAAUUCGUGAAGGAGUUCCUUGCUCACCCAGGCGAGAUUCGGGGUGUAACUGUCAGCGCCGACGGCCGUAGUUUUGCGACAGUGGGAAUGGACAAGACGGUGAAGAUCUUUGACGUUAUUACAUUUGAUCUCUUGUCGAUGUAUACACUGGACUUCGUGCCUCGAUGUGUCUGCUGGGUACACCCGCGCGGGGCCUCGCUACCUCUGCUAGCGGUGACGGAUGAGUCAAGUAACACGAUUCAAGUAUUUGACGGACGUGGUGAAAAUCCCCAGCCCUUGCACACUUUGAAGUCGAUCCAUCGCAGCCCCGUGGUCUCACUAGCAUUCAACAACGCCUUCGACUGCGUCGUCUCUGCCGAUGAAUCAGGAAUGAUCGAAUACUGGAGAGCCGGAGACGGCUCUUUCGAGAAACCUGACAACGUCUUCGACCUCAAAUCCUCAACCAACCUUUUCGCAUUUAAGAAGGCCAAAUCUGUCCCGACAUCCAUCACAAUCUCCCCGUCAGGCGAACACUUCGCCACAGUUUCCUUCCCAGACCGCCAAAUCCGAGUAUUCGACUUUGCAACCGGGAAACUUUACCGCACAUACGACGAAUCAAUAACCACCAUCACGGAGAUGCAGCAAGCCGGGACAGCCCCUUACGAACUUGACGAAGUAGAGUUCGGACGCCGCAUGGGUGUGGAGCGCGAAAUCGAGAACGAAGCAACCCGCAGUAAAGUCAACGUUUGCUUCGAUGAAUCUGGCCACUUCCUCCUCUACGGCUCUCUCUACGGCGUGAAAUGCAUCAACACAUACACAAACCGGGUAGUCCGGGUUUAUGGCCGCGAAGAUCCAUUCCGAUCCCUCAACCUCGCACUGUACCAAGGACAACCGCAACGCAAAGGCGUCGUGACCGUCUCAAUGGCGGCCAGUAGCAACCCGCUUCUCCAGGAAGCCGAAGAACGUGACCCAAUUCUCUUCAGCACUGGCUUCGGCAAGGUGCGCUUCUACAUGUUCACGAACGAAACAGAGAUCUCCAAGUCCACCCGCGACGUCCAAAAUGAGAAGCCAACCCAGGCAACGGCCGGUACUGGUACAGCAGUGACCAAAGCCGCUGAGACUGGCACUGCUGCAAUCCUGCACACAACGUUUGGCGACAUCCACCUGCGUUUGUAUCCGUCGGCUGCGCCACGGGCUGUAGAGAACUUCGUCACGCAUGCUCGAAAUGGUUAUUACAAUAACACGAUCUUCCACCGGGUGAUCCGCAAAUUCAUGAUCCAAGGUGGUGACCCACAGGGCGACGGGACGGGUGGAGAGUCUAUCUGGGGUGGGGAAUUCGCAGACGAGUUCUCCGUUCUCAAACACGAUAAGCCGUAUACGCUCUCCAUGGCCAACGCCGGCCCUAAUACAAAUGCUAGCCAGUUCUUCAUUACCACGGAGAAGACACCGUGGCUGGAUAAUAAGCAUACUGUGUUUGGACGUGCGGUGCAAGGCUUGGAUAUCGUGCACAAGAUUGAAAAUGUGCGGACGCAUAAGGAAAAACCGGAGGUUGAUAUUAAGAUUGUCAGUAUCAGCAUCUCGUGA